AUGAAAAUAACCUUGGUUGUAUGUUUAAUAUUUGUCAGCAGUGAACUCGUGAAAUGUGCGGAUAUACUAGCUGUCAUACCGACUCCCUUCUUCAGUCAUCAGGCCACCUUCAGACCACUAUGGCGAGAACUGGCCAAAAAAGGCCAUAAAAUCACGCUAAUCACCACAGAUCCAAUGGAGAGUAAUGAAAACAUCACCCAGAUAGAUUACAGCGAGUCUUAUGAUUAUCUGGACAAAAAAAAUCUCGGAAAUCUCUUCAAGGACGGCUACAAUUUGUACAAACUCGUGAAGAAGUUCUCGGCGGUGAUUGACCGAUUCAUGGUGUAUCAAUUCACCCAUCCCGGUCUUGUUGAACUCGUGAAAAAGAGGGAAAAAUUCGAUCUCAUGUUGGUAGAAAUCAUCAUGCCUGGAUGGCCGAUGUUGAGCGCUAAAUUCAAGUGUCCCUUAAUCGGUUUGAGCACUAUGGAUGGUAAUCCAGUGAUGCACGAAUCCGUUGGUAACGCUGUCCAUCCCGUUAUAUAUCCCUACGCAGAUUUGGGGAUCGGAGAUGAUCCAUCAUUCGCAGAAAGACUUCAAAGUGUUGCCUUUUCCAUGAUUAGUGAAUUGCUGUUUAAGAGAGUUAUGGGAUACGUUGGUACGAAAUAUGUCAGGGAAUACAUCGAUAAAGACCUCCCAGAUGUUCAAGAAGUAAUGGCUAAAACAGACAUGAUCUUCAUCAAUUCAAACCCCAUAUUUUUCCCGCCAAGACCUAUCACGCCAGUUACUAUUAAUUUAGGAGGAGGUCUGCAUUUGGCAAAGCCCAAAAAAUUGCCGGAGGUGAGGAAAUUAUAA